CACAAGGUUCAACAGGUGACUUGGGAAUUAUUUCAUGCAAUAUUUGUCACUGCAGUAUCUGCUUGGCUGAAAGACAAUUUACUGCCUGAAUAGAGCAAAAUGGAAGCACAAGGAGCUGCCUGCCUGAGACUCCUUCAGACACAUCCACUACCGCGUUUCACACCUGGCUCAGACGGGGAAAAGACCACGAUGGGGCUGUUCUACAGCAAGAGCCAGACAGAACCGUCUCCAUGCAACUUGCUCACCGUAAAAAUCAUACAGAUGAAAAAUGCCAGGAAAGCAGACUUGUUAAGUCAGUCUGAUUGCUAUGUGAGCCUGAGCCUGCCAACAGCUUCAGUGCAGCAUUUCCGCACCAAGACCGUCCAGAACAGCAAGAACCCAACAUGGAAUGAGACCUUCCACUUCACAAUUCAGAGCCAAGUUAAGAAUGUUCUGGAGCUGAAGGUUUGUGAUGAGGACAAAGUAACUCAAGAUGACCAUCUCCUCACUGUUUUCUUUGAUGUCUCCAAAAUCCAGCUUGGAGAAAACAUUCAGCUAAGUUUCCAGCUGAAUCCACAGGGGAAAGAGGAGCUGGAGGUUGAAUUCACAAUGGAGAGCAGUCCAGAUCCUCCAGAAAACAUUGUUACCAAUGGAGUUCUAGUGUCCCGUGAGGUUUCCUGUUUGGAUGUGCAGGUGAACGACGGGAGGCUGAGGAAGGACACUAUGGAGAGGAAGUUUGCAUUAACUGUGGACGGAUCAUAUGAAGGAACGCAGACGCACACGCUGAGCUCCUGCCUGUGCCCGACGUCCCCGGCCAGGUUCCACUGCAUCAAGUACAACCAGUCGUCGCUCACUGUGGCUCUGCCGCGGCGCAGACGGCUCAGCAGGUCUAUAUCAAGUCAAAAUGAAAGGGAUAUGAAUGAAUCUGUGACUCUACCUCUGAACUCACUUCCUAUACAAGAGAAAAUAGCAAUAGGAGAGGACAGGACAAUUGACUUGUACACAAAGGCAAAUGAAUGGACCCAGGGUCUGUGUUUCAGACCAAGAAACCUUGACGCCCGCCUGGGCUUUGACCUCUGCACAGAUGAACAGAAUUUCCUGCAAAACCGAAAGAAGGUAGUUGCUGCUGCUUUAAAGGAUGUUCUUCAUCUGGAGGAAGAUCUGCAAGAGCAUGAGGUGCCUAUAGUGGCUGUGACCACAGCAGGGUGUGGCAUAAGAGCACUCACUGCCAUGUAUGGCAGCAUUUUGGGUCUCCAAAAGUUGCGUGUUCUGGAUUGUGUUUCAUACAUCAGUGGUUCAUCUGGCACAACAUGGACAAUGACAAAGCUAUAUGAAGAUGCUGACUGGUCGCGUAAGGAUCUUGGGGAAGUAAUAGUUGAAGCACGGAAGCAAGCAGCCAAGUGCAAGAUGGGGGCUUUUUGCUUGAAAAGUCUCAGGAAUUAUUACAGAGAGCUGAGCCAAAGGACCCAAGCAGGACAUAAAACAUCUUUUAUUGAUCUGUGGGGGCUCAUGAUUGAAGCCAUGUUAAAUGAUGGGAAAAGUCACCACAGACUUUCUGAUCAACGUCAGGCAGUGAACCAAGGUCAGAACCCACUGCCCAUCUACCUUGCCCUUAAUGUCAAGGACAAAGUUGCCACCAAAGAUUUCAGAGAAUGGGUGGAGUUCACGCCAUACGAAGUGGGCUUUCUGAAAUACGGCGCCUUCAUUCGUGCAGAGGAUUUUGGCAGCGAGUUCUUCAUGGGUCGCUUGAUGAAGAAACUCCCAGAGUCACGAAUCUGCUUUAUGCAAGGAAUGUGGAGUAGUAUCUUCUCCAAAAAUCUCUUGGAUGCCUGGCACGCAGCUGACAAUUCAGAAGAUUUCUGGCACAGGUGGACACAAGACAAAGUGACUGAAAUAGAGGAACAACCAGACCUGCCUGAGAAGCCGUAUGAGAUGGCCACAUGCGUUUUCACUCCUACGAGUGGCCUCUCCACCACGCUCCGGGAGAUCCUGACGGAUCGUCCUGCCGUCUCCAAGUACCACAACUUCCUUAGGGGCUUCCAGAUGCACAACGAGUAUAUCCAGCAUGAACAUUUCACAAAAUGGAAAGACACAUUGCUGGACACCUCUCCCAAUGACCUGAGAGGCAACUCGGAACACCUGGAGCUGGUGGAUGCAGCUUUCUUCUUUGAAACCAGUUACCCACCCCUUAUGAGGCCAGAGCGGAAAGUGGAUGUCAUCAUACACUUAAACUACACAGGUGGAUCACAGACAUUGCCCCUGGAGCAGGCUUGCAGAUACUUUGCAGAGCAGGAAAUUCCAUUUCCCUGCAUUGGACUGAUGGAUGAUGAGAAGAACCUGAAAGAGUGCUAUAUGUUCGAUGGUGCAGACACUCCAGGAGCUCCUCUGCUGCUUUAUUUUCCAUUAGUGAAUGACACUUUUCAAAGAUAUGUAGCACCUGGCAUGUCACGUACUGCUGCUGAAAUGGAACAGGGCAAGGUUGAUAUCUCCAGUUUCUCUUCUCCAUACUCAACCAGAGAGGUCUCGCUGAAAGCAGAAGAUUUCAACAAGCUUCUGAAGCUGACUAAUUACAACAUCAUGAACAACGAGAACAUGAUUCUUCAGGCUUUGCGCACGGCUGUGGCACGGAAGAAACAAGCCCUGAGCCAGCCAGUAUCACAAGCACAGCCCUCUGCUUGAACAGCAUUUUCCUGUCCCUUACUCAGCAUUUACCAAGGCAGCAUACAUACGAUAAAUACUUCACCAUUCUUG